AACCGAGUAGAUACGUUGUCAGUAAGCUAGUUUCGGUCCUUCGAACCGGGGUCGCGUAUUCGCACAGCAACUGCCUUAUAAGUGUUGUGUAAAUUUGCUACUUACUCCAUUUUCCGGCAUAAAACGUACAUUUCGUAUAUUUUUGUGUCACUUGUGGAUUUAUAUUAUUUAGUGCCCAAAAUAUUGUUUAUUUUUUGUGUUAGUGUCAGCAUGCCACCAGAGAUCUUUAUAUAUAACCCCAUGUAUUGAUAUUAGCAACUUGGACUUGCCAUCUCUACUACUAGACACUUGUAAUGGUAAAAAACUUUUUUAUUUUGUUUUAAUAUAUAUGGUAAAAAUGUCGGUAAUGCAAAUGCAACAAGCCAAAAGGCAACAGUGUUAUUUAUGCGACCUGCCUCGCAUGCCGUGGGCUAUGGUACAUGACUUUUCUGAAGCCGUGUGCAGAGGCUGUGUGAACUAUGAAGGAGCAGACAGAAUAGAAGUUGUACUUGAUGCUGCUCGUCAGCUCAAAAGGGCACACGGUUUUCAAGAGGGUAGGGCCGCAACACAUACUUCUAAGGGGCAUAGGGAACACCAAAAUGGUGAAGUUGGCGUUGGAGCUAGUAAUAGAACGCAGAGCCAAUCUGCUGGACACCAUCAAAGUUAUACUAUGCACCAUAGCACUCGCGGAGCUAUGAUGGAAGGACCCUAUUCUAACCAACCACCUCCUCCACCAAGGGGAAGUCAGGCCAUGCCUAGACCGCAGGUUGAUGCUGCCACUGAACAUGAAGCAUUGGUUACAAGGGCAACUGUCCGACUUCCUACACAUUUAGCUGCAGCCGCACACCAUCCACUUCAAGCUCACCAUCAUACACCCUCUACCCGUCAGACAAGUAUGCCCACUCAAGGUAUCAAAAGAGGCUUAUCUUCGGCAGAUGACGAUGACCACCAUCCACAUCACCAUUCCAACGGUGAAGUCAGUGCCAAAAGGAUGCUCGCCGUAGAUGAACACGGUAAUAUAAAGCAAGAGCCACCCAUGGUGAGGCCACCAUUGACGAGAGGAGAGAGCCUACCAGCGGUAUCUUUGGCACAACCAUUUGUAAUGUCUGCGGAGAGGACUUUCAAGCAGGAAAAGCACCCUAUGAGAGGCGGGUCAUUCGAUGCUGGAACUGGUUUUAAAGUAAAUGUUCCAGUAUCAAUAGCUUCAGCAAAUGGGUCCAGCAAUUCUCCCUUAAACAGAACCCAGUCUCCUCCAGAAGCUAAUACAAUAGCUUCAGUGGCAAGUCAAGCACAGCCACAGACAGGUUCCGGCCCAAGCCCCAUGGCUGCGCUGAUGUCAGUUGCUGAUAAUUUACCCCCAGGGAGUCCCAGAUCCACAGGGGGAAGUCCUCCUAGUAAUGUUGCUCCAAGAAGCGCUAGUAGAGGUAGCCAACAUUCUCCGAAUUCAACUGCUGGAUCUACAAGUGGACGCAGAUCUAGUGGUUCUCGUCACGUCAGCUCCACAACGGUAACGUCAACAGAGGCUGGAGCUAUGACCAGCGGUAAUGAAGGGUUGCCAGGUACUACUGAGGGUGGAGUAGCUACUGCUACCACCCCAGCCACCACUGCUACGUUAAAGUGUACGCUUUGCCAGGAAAGAUUAGAGGAUACCCAUUUCGUCCAAUGUCCUAGCGUACCUCAUCAUAAAUUUUGUUUCCCUUGUAGUAGGGAUAGUAUUAAGAGACAAGGCGCUGGCUCUGAGGUAUAUUGUCCAAGUGGUGAGAAAUGUCCACUAGCAAACUCGAACGUACCUUGGGCCUUUAUGCAGGGAGAAAUCGCCACGAUUUUAGGCGAAGAUUACAAAGUGAAAAAAGAACGUGAACCGUAACAGCUGGGUUAAAAAACCUUUAGGAGAAAAAAAAAUUGAAACUUGACGUACUUGUUGAAGCCAUGGAACGGAAAAAAAUGGCGAUCGUUCGAUAUUUUUUAGGGCUGACGAGAGGAGACGUCUUGUAAAAAGUGGAAAUAUAUUGUUGAGAAAUGGCUGUGGAUUACUUAGUUGUUAACGCUGAAGAGAGAUAAAGUUGAUAAGGUCCAGUUAGUAUGACCGAAUUUAGAUAAGGCCACUAUCGCCGAAAGGUUUUUUUCACAUAAUUUAACAGCGUGGAGAAAAAUGAGUAUAUUUGUCAUGGCAGCGGCCAGUUUUGGUGUUUUUCUUUCUUAAUUUAAUUUCUGGACUUUUUGUAGAUACAUACGUGUUUGUAAAUAAAUCCUAAAAAUUGUAAA